AGUUUUUCAUCCUAUAAUCAACACAGACUUGAGGAAGUAGAAGAGAAAUCAAGAAAGAGGGCACCUAGGCUGGAAGAUCUUCAUCUUAUAAGUCGCCUGCAAGAUAAAUUAAAUGAAAAAGAAGAGAUGAUCAAGGAGUUAAUGGAUGGAAGAACAUUUCAGCAUCCGCUUCUCCCUAAUAGGGAGAUGCAGUGCAAUCGAUCUUUUUCUUUCAAUACAAGUCCUGUAACAUGUUUGACGCCUAUUGCAAAGAAGAAGAAAAUGGAUGAAGCUGCUCCCAGCUGCAUUGUCACCGUUCCAAAUUUAGCAUCUUACGCAAAAAGCUUUCUGAGUGGCGAGUUGAGGCCUAAAAGAACACAACCUCAGAAUAUAAAAUCUACAGGUUUGGAUCAAAAUCUAGGCUGUGUCCGAGUCUGUUGUCCAUCAAUCCCGGCCUUGGAGAAUAAACCACCCUCAAGUCUGCAAAGUAAUGAAACAUCAAAACUCAAAGACACUCAGAAACCAGACUCACGGCACCAAGAGUGGUUUACAAAAUAUUUUUCUUUCUGAUGAAACCGUUUCUACAAUAAUCA